AUGAAAGUUUUUAUCAUUCUAGCCACCUUUGUGGCUCUUGGUAGUUCACGGACUUUUUUGCCAUGUAACAAUCGUCCUGAGCCGAUCCAUCCGCUUCCUCCAAGUGUAGAUCCAAUUCAUCCAAUUACACCAGAAGUUGAUCCAAUUCAUCCUGGCAAACCAGAAGUUGAUCCAAUUCAUCCUGGCAAACCAGAAGUUGAUCCAAUUCAUCCAAGCAGACCAGAAGUUGAUCCAAUUCAUCCAAACUUACCUGAAGUUGAUCCAAUCUACCCCGAGAGACCACUACCCCCAGGUGUCUUACCUGAAAUCCCAAUUGUUCCCGAAAAACCAGAAUUACCAGCUCCAUUGCCUCCAUUCAUCGGACAUGAUGUCGAAUCACACGUCUUGAACUUCCCAAGUGACGAAGACCCACAAAUUCGUGUUCAUGUCAACAUCAAGAAGGAUCAAUUCCCAAGCCAUCGCCCAGUUCGUUCCAUCUUCGAUUCCUUCUGGCCAAGCAAACCAGCAUUGCCUGAAAUCGGAAAUAAACCAGAAUUACCUGAAAUUGGAAACAAACCAGAAAUCCCAAGCGGAAACUUCCCAAUCUUACCUCCUCUUCCUGAAAUCAGCUUCCCAACUCCCGGCGUCGAAGUCAAUCCCGGAAAUGACGGUAUUUCUACCUUCGUUUAUCCCAAUGCCCAAUACCAAUUGGUGAAAUUGCGCGUUGUCUACAACAAACCAAGCAUCACGCCAUUCAAACUUGAAUUCCCCGAAGCAGGAAACAAACCAGCUUUGCCCGAAAUUGGAAACAAACCAGAAUUACCCGAAAUCGGAAACAAGCCUGAAAUCCCAAUCAUCAACUUACCUGAAGUUGAACCCGAAAAGCCAAUUAACCCGAUGCCAAUGCCUCCAGUCAACCCAAAAGUUCCCCAAGUUGAACUCUUCUUGGACAUUGGCGAACAGGAGCAAUAUUAA